CUUAUCAACGCCAUCCGCAUCCAUAAUGUGCCCGUGCUCAAUAUGUGCAUUGUGGCAGUUUUGGGGAUAUUUCUAGUCAAACUCACAACCAAAUACAAAGACUUGUACAUGAAAAACUCGCUUGUGACGAUCAUUGUGACCAAUCUAGUCUUGUACGGCAUCUCCGAGACGAUGGCCCAGUCCAUCUUGAGUUUCUCCAUGCAAGCCCCGGCACUUUCUGUUUCCCUUUUUGAUACCGAAAAUCUCAGGAAUCCGGCUGCAGUUUCUGUCAAUAGCCCUGUAGCCUUAGGCCUGCAGCCACGGGUCCCAGGCGGUUUCCAGCAGGGGUCAGGAAGUGUCCACGAGGAGAUGGAAAGCGACGACUCGGACGUCGACGAUGAAAAUUUGGAUCGCUUUCUCCGUCUUAUCCGCUCAGACACGAGUUUGCCGUACCAAGAACUGUUAAGCGACGAGAAUGUCGAACAGACCUACGAGCUUUCGUAUUUCAAGUUUAGCCGGUUGGCCGGGUUCAUGUGCUGGGGCUUUGGCAUGGCAUUUGUCCAAUGUUGGUGGUACAGGUUCCUACAGAUAUACUCCAAACAGCCACAGUUCAUCGAAGUCCUCCGGAAGGUGUUGUCGGACCAGUUCUGUUUUCUGCCCGUGUCGUUGUUCUGCUUUUUCACCUAUGGGACGAUGGUCUUGGAAAGCGGCACGUGGGACGACGCCCGGGCCAAGUUGCGCAAGCUCUAUCUCCCAACGUUGGUCAUCAACUACUGUGUGUGGUUCCCCGUGCAAUUCGUCAACUUCUUGCUUGUACCACGUGAUUUCCAGGUCCCGUUUUCGUCGUCGAUCUCAGUCCUUUGGAACUGCUUCUUGUCCAUGAGAAACUCGUCCUCGUGA